GAUAAGCCUUUAAAAUGUAUAAAUCUGAUGGUAUAUGUUCAGCACUACGUGUACAAGUUGUCAAUUUAAUUUUUAAAUAUACUAUGGAAACAUUAGAACUCUUAGGCAAGUGUAUUGUCAUAAGUUCAGUGAAUUUAUUUUAUGAGGAAUGUUAAAAGUUUAUUUUUUUUAAUAGCUUUACCUAUGUAUAAAAGGAUUAUAUAAUUAAAAUUUUUUUCAUUUUGUUUGUAUAAACAUAUUGUAGGUAGUACAACUAAUUGGUUUUUUUAAAAAAAAAUUAGCAUAUUUGUGCGUGCCUGCCUAACGGUAACUUUUUUCUUAGACCAGUAGCGGGCGUUAAGAAAAUUUUAGGUCAGGUGUUUCGACUAAUGAUUUGGAAACUCAUGAUACAGUAAUUAUUCAUGAUUCUUGGAAUCCUCAAAAUACAGGUACACUGCAAGUUUUUUCAAGUGUUAAUCAUUGAAGUCAAGUUAUGAUGUAUUAUUUUGUGACAAGGAAAUUAGUAGAACAACGAGUUACUCAUAUUAUACUCAAAAGAAUUAUUAUGUUAACUCACUUAAGCUUAAAACCUGUAUUUGUAUGUAUUUUUAAUAGCAUAUUGGAUUACUGUUGCUGUAUUAAGACCCUGGACUUAAUAAAUAUACAAUUUACAAUGCAAAAUCUACAGGAAACACCAAUAUCGAAUAGUUGUGAACCUGAAAAAUUUAAGUAUGAAAAGUGGUCUUAUACAGAAAUAUUUGAUAAAAUUCAAAAAUUCCGCAAACAUAAAGUUUUUUGUGAUAUUAAACUGGCAACUGAAGAGGGAAAUAUAAUAUUUGGACAUAAAGCAGUUUUAGCAUCAGCUAGUCCAUAUUUACAUGCAGUAUUCCUUUUACAGCAUGAUAAAGAUACUGUUGUUAUAGGACAAUAUUAGAUUGUACCACAUUACAACUCAUGGUAGAUUUUAUGUAUUCCGGAAAAAUCCUGGUUACCGAAAAAAAAAUGUACAGGCAUUACUACCGGCAGCAAAUCUCUUGUUCUUAAACGAUGUAAAAGAGGCAUGCUGUGAAUUUUUACAGAAACAACUAAAUCCUACAAAUUGUCUUGGUAUAAACGCGUUAGCUGAUAAAUACAGCUGUACUGA